AAACGUGUGAGUGAAGUGCAGGAGAAGGAAAGAGAAAGAACGUAAAAUGGAGAAUCGUGGGAGAAAUGGAAGGAUCAUAAAGUUGUUUUGCCAAAGAGUUUCCUUGGAUGGAAAAGAGAGGUGAUGGCGCCGAUGCUGAUCUUCGAAUUGAUACCGAUAAUGCGCCAGAUCAGACAUGUACUGGAGAUGAUAAAGGUGACAAUGCCUUCUUGAUUCCGCAGUCAAGACGACCUAAUCUCUCCUCACUGCAAAUACCAGCAUGGUCAUUAGAUAUUGCAUUAUCUACUUUUGCGAAGACGGAUGGUCCUUCAGUUUCACUAUCAAGUCCUGGUUCCGCAAGAGGACUCCCUCCAAGGCCAAAUUCAGCCAAAGUCAGGUCUUCUAUGAAAAGCUUACUUCCUCAGAGGAGCUUCAAGACAAGCACCUGUUCCCAGGAUACUGAAAGGACAGGUCUCAUAGUUCCUGAUACUCCCCCAUCAGAAGCUCCUUUGGAUAAGCCUUCCACUUCAAGGUCUAAAUCUCUUGAUAACAAAGUCAUCUUCUCCCCAUCGAAAAAAGUGGCUCAUUCAUUACCAGUUACUCCAAUUGCAACUUCAGGUGCAAAUAGUGUACAUGGAAGACAUCUAGGGUGUGAUUCUGGUUUAAGUACAAUGGAAGUUCAACAGCAUAUGACUCGAUCACUUUCAGUCCCAGUUAAUUGCAAAGCCACUAAUUUAAGGGGUGCAAAUUCUAGGAGCAUGAUUCGUGUAAUUUCUGCAACACCACAUCUUGAAACUGCUGGUGGAGCCUCAACUGGUGGUGCUUUGGUUCCAGAGAUUGCCAUUGAAGAUGCUACUGAGGAUAUUCCAGAGGAAGAAGCAGUUUGUAGGAUUUGUCUGGUGGAGCUUGGGGAAGGAGGGAAUACUCUUCUGAUGGAAUGCAGUUGUAAAGGUGAUCUUGCACUGGCUCACCAAGACUGUGCAGUAAAGUGGUUUACUAUUAAAGGAAACAGGACCUGUGAUGUCUGCAAGCAGGAUGUCCAAAACCUCCCAGUAACACUGUUGAAAAUUUAUAACCCUCAAACUGCUGCCAGGCAGAUAUCAAAUGUGACACAACAAGCAGAUAUAACUUAUUGCAGGAUCUGGCAUGAUGUACCAGUUCUUAUCUUGGUCAGCAUGCUUGCUUACUUUUGCUUUCUAGAGCAACUACUGGUUUCAGAUUUGGGCCCCCGUGCUCUUGCCAUUUCACUACCAUUCUCCUGUGUUUUAGGUUUCCUUUCGUCUAUGAUUGCAUCAACCAUGGUGAUCAGGAGUUACGUAUGGGCUUAUGCUUGCUUCCAGUUUGCAAUUCUUAUCCUGUUUGCUCAUGUAUUUUAUACUAUUCUCAAUGUUAAUGCAAUUCUCUCCAUUCUCCUUUCCUCAUUCACUGGAUUUGGGAUUGCAAUCAGUAUGAAUUCUCUCGUUAUGGAAUUUAUUAGAUGGAGAACAAGUAGGCAGAUUCGAUCCUCUGUUGAGAAUGUUAACAGGACAGAGCAGCAGUACCCGUGAUCACGUGCAACAACAGGGACAGGAAGAUCAAGGACGACAGCAUCAACAACAGCAAGAGCAUCAUCAAUGACAGUAGCUCCUCCUGCAAUAGCUGAUACGACUGGUUUAGGGCAGUCUUUCCCCAACUAUGAAGAUAUCUUUUAUUAUUCAUUUUACUUAAUUUUCUACGCUAGAAAGAUAAGGAUUUCCACUUGAAGGUGUAAA